GUAAAAGCGAAUCAGAAAAUGACCCGUUCCUCUUGUCCACUUCUGCGCUCCGUAAUUUUGGCGCAGAUAGUCAUUCCUUUCUUGUUUUAUUUUAUUAAGAAAAUGUAUAAACGUGAAUUGAGACGUUUAAAAUCUUCGACGGAGAUAUUCUGUCAUAUGUGACUCAGUAUCUACUUGUCUUGAUUUAGGGCAAUAUUUUGUCUAAGAAAAUAAAUGUCUGUGUGAGUUCGCAGCCGGCAGCUCUCAGGACGGGCUAGUUGAGACGCCGACAUUAUGAUUAUUAAUGUUUUUAUUAAAAUGUCGAUUCUUCGCUGGAAUGUGUUCCGCGUUACCACUUAAAGACAUAACAAUAUGCGCUGUUUUACUGUUUAGUGAUUGUGUGAGAAGUACGCUACCGCUGCACUGUGUGUAUUUGCCCGAGAAACUAUCCUCUUGGCGCCCAUGACAUGACAUGAUGAAAAUGAUGAUGGGAAAGUCAAUAUUUGUGUUGUGCUUUGGCUGACAGAGACUUGUCCAGACUGAUGUUGAAAUUUGGAAUGCAAGUGUAGCUUUUUUGGGUGUGUUCCCAGGGCCAAGUUGUUUCUGUGUCCCUUUGAGUGAGGUCGCAGGACUUUCCUCCUGAUCGGAUGUGGCGCGUUGACACUGCCGUCAGGAGGCUGCAGAUCCUCGCCGACGACUGACGACCGAGGUCUCCGCGAAGAGUCGUGGAGCUCCUCCUAAACACGCGGCGCUAUGUCUGCCGAGGCCAUUCUCACGUUCCAGUCCCAGCUCUCGGGGAUCAUGGAGACUGUCCUCAGAGCGGCCGUGCACGAGAUCACCUCCCUGGUGGAGGACAGCUUCAAGGGAGAGGUGGUCCGCAGCAGGAAGGAGGUAGAGACCCUGAGGCGAAGGCUGCAGUGGUCCGAGCGCCGAUGGAGGGAACGGGACGCCGGGCCAAGGUGUGCAGAAUGCGGCCGAGUGGGUGUUUCCCCCGGGGAACAGGAGCGAGUUCCCACGGGGACUCGAAACGAGGAGGAGGAGGACCGCGGUGAUAAAGAGAACAGUGCUCUGGACAGAGACUGGUGUGAAGGUUCUUGGACAACACCGGAUGCAGAAAGUGCUGCCCCACUCAGCCCCAUUAUAAACCCAGAGCAGAACACAGAUCUUGAAUGGGACAGGUCUGACUUAUUACACAAAGAAGAGACUCUGAAAGAGCCCCUAGACACCAGAUGUAGUAGUCUGGAUGUGGCUGAAGCCUCAAAUAUUCUUUGUCACAGUAACAGUCUUACUGAGUCAGAGCCACAGAACUUUGAAAAGGAGUUGAGAGAAAGAGAUGCUGAAGACCUUCGUGGCAAAGCUCUGAAAGCUGAGCCCAAGGAUGUGCACAUAACUCCAGAUGCAAAGCUGAACAAACUUGACUUGGGUGACUCAUUAGUCAGAAUAAACCAAAUUCGAAAAAAAAGACAGUCAAGUCAUGUUAAAGCUGAAUAUGGCCCCUUUAAUUCCAACAUUCAUACCUCUGACAAGUCUGUUAAAGCUGUUUCAAUGGACAUGAACAAAAUUGCAGACCCUAAUCAGUGUGGGCCAUGUUCAGGAUUGUCUCAUAGUGACAUGGAUGUGAGGGUUUUCAUCAAAGAGAAGGAACAUCUUAAAAGUCCAGACAGACAUGAUGUGAGACCGUCUGCAACACAGCUAGAGAACAAAGACAGGCAGCCAAAACACAAAUCUCAUGAUUGUGAGUUCUGGGUAUCGUCACAAAAAUGCACAGAGGACUGCCUUUCCAGUAGCUUCAUGAAAAAUUGCUACUCUUGUCCUUACUGCAGGCACACCUACAGUAACCUUGUUAAUUUAAACAUCCACCUACAAAGUCAUAGCGCAGAGAGACUCCACAGUUCCUCCCAGCUCCCAAUGGCCUGUAAGCAGUGGGAUGGCAAACACGAUUCCACUUACUCAUGCUACUAUGGUAAAAAAUGUAACAGCACAGGUACCCUGGAGAGACACCAGAAAGUUCACAAGGGAGAAGUGUUGCAUCGGUGUGGUCAGUGUGGGAAGACCUUCAACCGUGCUUACAAUCUGAAGAUUCACCAAAGAAGUCACACAGGAGAGAGACCUUACCUUUGCACUCACUGCAAGAAGGGCUUCAUUUCUCCCACAGAUCUGAGGAGACACAAGCGCAUUCACACUGGAGAGAAACCAUAUGCUUGCAUGCUCUGCGGGAGUAAAUUCAGCCAGUCAUGGAGUCUGAAAAUACACCAGCGUAUUCACACGCAAGAGAAACCUCACUGUUGCAUGCAGUGUGGGAAGUGUUUUAGGUGUUCCGGCGAUUUGAGCAAACACAUGCGUGUCCAUACUGGCGAGAAACCAUACAUUUGUGAGUUGUGUGGAAAGAGAUACUCUCAGUCACAGAAUCUGAAGUCGCACAGAUGUUUCACUCAGCUUCAAGCAGGUAACUGUCAAGGAGGCUGCUGAACGAUGGAAUUAAGAUGUUUUUGGUCAUUUAAGAACAGCUUUCAUGUUCAUACAUUGUAUGUAAUGUCUGACUAGCAUAUAUAUCGUAUAUUGUUCAUGUUUUGGUUACCUGACAUAAUGGUCUUAUGUAUCCAAACAAAAUUAAAUGUGUGCAUGAAAACUUGACUUUAUUAAAUGAAAG